CUCUGCAGCCGCCGUAGAACACGUCCUCUGGGGCUACAGGUUUACAGAGUUAGUGCACCGCGGUUGCGACCAUAGUAAAGAUGGCGGAAUCUUUGGGUUCAGAAUUGUCAGACGAAAAAGAAGCAGAAAUUGAGCUUAAGAAACGACAGAAACGACCGUGGGAUGACUUGCACAAAUCGAGCAAGCUUGGUUUAAGUCCCCCACUACCAGAAACGCUGGGAGUUUACGACAUUAGUGUUGUCAGGAGGAGAACGCAACGGGAGUUGAUAUCAGCUGAUGAUCUUCGGCUUCUUCCUGUGUGUGGAUGCCUUCCUCUAUGUCUUCACUCUGCUUCCUCUCAGGGUUCUGCUGGCCCUGCUGCGCCUCCUCACACUGCCAUGCUGUGGCUUCAGGGCACGAACAUGCCCAUACUGCAGAAGGAGCAGUGGGUCCCGUCUGCUGCAGCCAGCACAGGUGUGUGAUGUUCUGAAGGCUCUGAUCCUGGUGCUGUGUUUCUCCAUGAUGCAUUACGUGGAUUAUUCCAUGAUGUACCAUUUGAUCAGAGGACAGUCGGUGAUCAAACUCUACAUCAUCUACAACAUGUUGGAGGUGGCGGAUCGUCUCUUUUCUUCCUUUGGUCAGGACAUCUUGGAUGCUCUGUACUGGACCGCUACAGAACCAAAAGAACGGAAGAGAGACAGUAUAGGAGUCAUACCUCACUUCCUCAUGGCAGUCUUUUAUGUCUUCCUUCAUGCCAUCCUCAUCAUGGUCCAGGCCUCCACCCUCAACGUUGCCUUCAACUCUCACAACAAGUCCCUUCUCACCAUCAUGAUGUCCAACAAUUUUGUGGAGAUCAGGGGAAGCGUGUUCAAAAAAUUUGAGAAGCACAACCUUUUUCAAAUGUCUAACAGUGACAUCAAGGAGAGGUUCACCAGUUAUGUUCUACUGCUCAUCGUCUGUCUCAGGAAUAUGGAACAGUUUUCAUGGAACCCAGAUCACCUGUGGGUGUUGUUACCUGAUGUCUUCAUGGUCGUUGUCUCCGAGGUUGGCGUUGACAUAAUCAAACAUGCUUUCAUCACAAAGUUCAAUGACAUAACAGCAGAUGUGUACAGUGAAUACAGAGCCAGUUUGGCCUUCGAUCUCGUCAGCAGUCGACAGAAAAAUGCUUACACUGACUACAGUGACUCAGUUGCGCGGAGGAUGGGUUUCAUCCCUCUGCCUUUGGCUGUUCUGCUUAUCCGAGUGGUGAUGACUUCAGUGAAGGUGCAGGGGGCGCUGUCUUACACGUGUGUGUUCCUCUUUUAUCUUGGGCUGGUUACACUGAAGGUGUUGAACAGUAUUGUGCUACUUGGAAAGUCGUGUGUUUACGUGAAGAGGGCAAAGAUGGAGGACAAACUGUUUGAGAGGCACACCGCCACAUCAACGUCUUCUGCAAAAACUCCCAGCAAAACUGAUCUCACCAGGCGUUCCACCCUUCCAGGUAUGUCAUCAGUGGAACACAUUCCAUCCACAUCCCACAGUGAACCAUCGUCCUCCAGCUCCAUCCCUACCUCUGUCACUACACAGCCCACAGCCAGGACUGACUUGUUUCCUCCACUGCUUAUUAAUGCUGCUACUGCUGCACCACCAGAGAGUCAUUCUACAUCUUCUCCACCCUCAGCUGAAGCAGAACAACAGGCAGCUUCACUUUCAAAAAAGAAGGAGGAAGAAGAGAAGGAGGAGCAGGAGAGGGAUGUGGAGGAAGGCAGUGAGUCAAAGCCCAAGACUGAAAACAAGGACCUGCUGGAAAUUGACAGAUUCACAAUCUGUGGGAAUCGCAUCGACUGAGCAGCAGCAGCAGCAAUGGCUUAGAAUUGAACUUUGUACAAAUUAUUUACCUUCUCAGGAAAAACAUGCAGCAAAGGCCUCUCAGCCCAGCACUCCUGGGGGAAAAACAGCAGUAAGCUGAGUAUUUAUUAAAGUCGGAGGCAGAACAUUAACUAAAUGUGAAGACAGUCUGAGACAGUCCUGCUGCUGUUGGAGCUUGAAGUUUGACACAGAAAAAAAAACUCCAGCACGAUCUAACAGCAGGAGGGUGAUGAUGUGAGGGUCGUUAGGUUAAACCAGUGUGAGUGUGUAAGCGAGUGUGUGUGUAGGUGUGAGGAUGGUUCAUUAUUUAGUGUGUGUGUUAUUCAGCGUACGUGUGAGCACGUGAGCACUUCCUCUGUAAGCAGCACUGGGAGCAGAAGAAAAGAAGUUCCUCAGUUUGCUUAGGAAAAACAACAGAAUCAUUUCCAAGUUAAUUCUGGAGUCAGGUGUACAUGUAAGUGUUUCUUAGUUUGUGUUUAUUUAAUUAUGAGCUUUAAGUUUGUUUCAUACGUCAGAGUAUUACAGAAAAGUUGAAAAACUGAGAGACCAAGCUGUUGCUCACUGUUUAAGACUUGUCAGAUGCUACUUCAAAAAGGCGCUUGAAAGCAGUGGUUCCCAAGGGUCGUGUCCCUCAAAAGUGGUCCUGAAAUAAAUUUGGUAGGUCAUGAGGUAAUAAAUAAUACAUAAAGGCUAAAAAACAUUUACUAUGUUUCUGCCACAUAUAGUUCCUUUCACCUAUAUUUUCUCUUUAGUGGUAUUUGAAAGAAUAUUUUCUCAUGGUGUGAAACGGAUACAUUCCAAUAGCAGACCAUGUCUUUACAUUCUACAAACAAAAUGUGCUGUUUAUAUUAAUUAUUUACAUAAAUUAAGCAGAAAUCCACAUUUUGAACACCCAGGGCUGUUAUUAGGCGUAAAAUGACCGUUUCCUUGAACAUACUGUAGGUCAAGUUGUUCUACCAGCAAAUGCAGCCAAGCUCAUGCAAACCAAAACCAGAGAGUUGUCUUAAACGGGAACUAAACUGAACUAAAGAUGUGAUUUGUAAACAGGUUCAAGUUCAUGUUGCAUAGCACUGGUAAGCAUAGGUAGAUGUUAUGAAGCUGCAUAUGCAUAUGCAUGCAGCCAGGCUGCAUAUGCAUGCAGCCAGGCUGCAUAUGCAAACAAAUAAUUAGUUCAUAAAUCAAAAAUAAAAGGAUAACUAGCAUCUAUUAAAAACCAAGUACAGUAGAAUUUGUGUGGUAGCAGUGCUUUAAACAACUGUGCCAUGACUGAAAAACUCUAGGGAACUGUUUGGUUCCAAAGGCUGGAUCAUUUGAGAAUCACUGCUCUUCAACAUUGCUGAGUUUAUCUACCCAAAUCAGUUGGUGACUUUGGGUUGGCAGUUUUUUAUUUUUAUUUUCACGUAUUAAAAUAAUGCUAAUGUUCUAAAUGUGCAUAGCUUUAGUUUAACUUUCUUAUUUGUACAAACCACAGAUAAAAUCAUGUAAAGUCCACUUUUAACAUGUUUAUUUAUUCAGAAACCAUUUAUGAAAUGGGACCAGGGCAUUUACUGAUGCCUAUUUACUGCUAAUGACACUGAACAUGCAGCUUUGUCCAGCUAUUUACAGAAAAAAAAGCAUAGUUGCCUUUUACAGCAAAUGAGAAAAAGUUGAUUGGAACUUCCAUCCUGUUUACGUUCCAUUUCUUUUAAUACUGCUAUGUCAUACUGGACAUUUGAGUAGAAGUGGGCUUGGUUUAAUUUUUUUUUCUUUCUUUUUUGCCAAAGGAUGUUUGCACUGAUAGACCAUAUUGUCUUAACUGGGAAAGGUCAUGUUUUGCCAUUAGUUCCAUAAAUAACAUUAUACUGUUUACAUGUGUGGAGAUGAGAAUUAUAAAAGCAAUAUGUUAUUUAUAAUAUAUAUAUUUGCAUCAAAACGCCUUGUUCUCACCUGCAACAUUAACAUUUUGUUGACUCAACUGGUCAGCUGGUUUGCUGUGAAUUAAAAUUAGUUUAUUGCAGAGAACAAUCAUAGUUGCACAUAAUUAAAUAUAUACAUGUUUGUAA